AUGCAGUAAUUCAAGCUCGCUUUUCCCCCCAGCGCCUUCUUUUUUUUAUUGUGUUGCUAUUUAUUUGUAUCUGGGGAUAGAUAGGUAUUCAGGGAAUGUCUAAAAAAAAGUCUGCAGUAAGAAGAAGGGAGGAGGCGGCGGCAAAGGGGGGACGUCGAGGCUCUCGAGCAUCCCUUGAAUGCCUUGACAGAAUAAUAAAUAUUAGGUUGUGAGUUUGGGGGAGGGAGGAGUUUAUGAGUAGCGAUAUUCCUGAACUGAUGCUUUCUUUUUUCUUCCUUGCAAUUUGCCUCUCUUGUUGCAGUUUUAUCUCCGGUUUUUCCUCUCACUGGUCAAGCCAACCCACACAGAUAAGAUAUAAAAGAAAGUUUAAUGCUACAAAGCACAGGGCAUUUAGAUGGCCUUCUGUACACUACAUUGGUGUUUGAAAAAAAUCUCUUGCCUCUCUAGGAGCUGCUUCUAGUUACUGGCCUACCAUAGGUGAAGUCUCUUCAGGCAGCUGCAAUGAACAUACUACACACAAGGAUUCAGUCAUAAAAGCUUAUGUUAAAGAGUGUUUAAAAUGUUAGAAUAUUUGGCUUUUUAAUGCAGCAACUCUGUUUCAACAAGUUUGGGAUCAUAUUUGAAGAUUUAUUUUAGUUAAUAAAAUAACUUUGAGAGGUGCUCACAAAAGACAAAUUUGGUGGGGAAGAGGAAGUAGAGUUGAGGGUCGUAUCUUCCACUGAACUUUGCAAUGUGAAUCUCUUCUCUGGCAGUACCUGUUAAAUGAUUUUAAUCCGAUCCUUGAUGAAAAUGGCAGCCAACAAUGCAGUUUUGAAUAGACUGGAGCAGAAGGGUGCUGAAGCAGAUCAAAUUAUUGAAUACCUUAAGCAGCAAGUUGCUCUUCUGAAAGAAAAAGCUAUCUUGCAGGCAUCUCUAAGGGAAGAGAAGAAACUGCGUGUUGAAAAUGCUAAACUUAAGAAAGAAAUUGAAGUGCUAAAACAGGAAUUGAUCCAAGCAGAAAUUCGAAAUGGAGUGAAACAAAUAUCUAUGCCACCUAGUGACAUGGCUGCUGCAGUUUCAUUUUCGAAGGAUUUCUCUCAAACAUCAUCUGCCGAAGCUCUAUCUGGUCCUAAGGAACAGAUCAAAGGACCCAGUGAAGAAAAGAAGAAGAAAGACAAAACAGAAAAGAAAGGAGAAAAGAAAGAAAAAAAGCAGUCAGCUGCAAAUGAUGAUUCAAAGCCUUUAGAUGUUUCGCGGCUUGAUCUUCGUAUUGGUUGUAUUAUGACGGCAAAAAAACACCCAGAUGCUGAUAGUCUUUAUAUUGAGGAAGUUGAUGUUGGAGAAGCAAAUUUAAGAACUGUUGUCAGUGGUCUGGUGAAACAUGUUCCAUUAGAAGAGAUGCAAAACCGGAUGGCUAUAUUUCUCUGCAACCUAAAACCAGUAAAAAUGAGAGGAGUGGUGUCCCAAGCCAUGCUGAUGUGUGCUAGCACACCAGAAAAGGUGGAAAUUAUAAUUCCUCCUAAUAGAGUUGUUCCUGGAGAAAAAAUUACAUUUGAAGGUUUUUCAGGUGAACCUGAGAAAGAACUUAAUCCCAAGAAGAAAAUAUGGGAGCAGAUCCAACCUGAUCUUCAGACCAACGAGCAGUGUAUUGCUACAUACAAAGGAGUGCCGUUUGAAGUGAAAGGGAAAGGUGUGUGCAGGGCUCCUUCCAUGGCCAACAGUGGGAUCAAAUAAAUAAAAGCAAAUAUGGAAAUGUUUGAGAUAAUUUUGAAGGGAAAAAACAUGAACAUAAUAAAUAUUGCCUUGCUGAAAA